CGAGCGAUGCAGGAUAUUCUCACAGGAUGUGAUGGCUGGACAGAGCGAUGAGGAGGGAAGGGUGAGCUGAGGGGAGCUGCUGGACUGAGCUUCUCCUGCUAUCGAUCUCUACGUGUGUGUCUGUGUGUCUGUGUGUGUGUGUCGGUGUGUUUGUGUGUGUGAGUGACGAUGUGAGGUCAGGAUGCUCAGGAGGUUGUGCAGAGUUUGUCAUCAACUGAGAGUGAGCACCAUGGUCGUCCUCCAGCUGCUCGUCCCGCUGCUGGUCAGCUGCGUGGUGGCGUCCGCUGGUCCGCCCCGACACCUCCCUCCCUGCCAAGUUGUCCAGAUGGACGUGCUGUGCAGCGACCGGAGCCUCAGAAGUGCACCGGUCGACCUUCCUCCCGGCGUCCACCUGCUGGACCUUUCCCGUAACCAGGUGCAGAACCUCAGCCGGGAAACUCUGGCAUACCACACCGGCUUCUAUCACCUGAACCUGCACGCCAACAAGAUCCACUUCAUCCAGCCGGGUCUCUUCAAGGACAUGACGGAGCUGAAGGUUCUGGAUCUGUCCAAGAAUCAUCUGAAUGUCUUCGCUCUUUCCGAAACCAGCAUCGGGUGUCUCACGGCUGUGGAGUCGCUGGAUCUUUCGGCCAACGGGCUGUACACGGGCAUGUCGGACUACUUCCUGGACGAUUCUCCGUCCCUGGCGAACCUUUCUCUGAACAGCAACAGCAUCACGAAAAUAGCACAAAAUACCUUCAGUGGAUCUUUGUCCUUGGAGAAAAUCAGCCUCCACAAUAACGUGAUCCUGGAGAUCGAGGACGGAGCGUUUGACUCGUUGCGUCAUCUGACCGAUCUCGAUUUGUCCAAGAAUUCCAUCACGUGCAUCACGGACUUUAAUCUCUACAAUUUGAAAGCGCUCAAUCUGAGCAUGAACAGCGUGGAGCAUUUCCACAGCGCCAGCUCCAAUCAGCUGUUCAACCUUUUAAAUCUCGACCUGAGUGAAAACAAAAUGCUUUACUUUCCAUUCCUCCCCAGAACCAACAUGCUUCAGUUUCUGGACAUUUCCCGCAACCACAUCCAGAGCGUCAACGUCUCGGGGAGUCCUGAGAAAACGGCAAAUGUCUUUUUAACGCAACUUCAAUACCUGGACAUGAGUUACAACCGACUCAAAUCCAUACCGGAGUCAUUUUUCUGCUUCAUGAGAUCACUCGAGGUCCUGAAUAUCAGCAAUAACUGUAUCAGCUCAUUUUCUAUAACUGCAGAAGGUCUUCUACCGACUGUGAAGAUUAUAAAUCUCAGCUUUAAUUCCCUGCAGAGUCUGACAUUGGAGGAAAACACUCUGCAAUCGCUGGAAACACUUUUCCUACAAGGGAAUGACAUCACCACCCUGAACUAUCACGUAUUCCAAAAACUUCCAAGUAUCAAAUACCUGCAUCUCCAACAGAACAAUCUGAAAAUCUGUGACUCUGAGCCAAGUCCGUCCGAACCAGAGCCAACGGACCAGAACCAGCUGGAUCCUCCCGACUGUGUUUCCUUGUCCUCUGUUCGCAGCUUGCACUUCCUGUACCUCUCGGAAAACAAUCUGCAGUAUCUGCCUGCAAACGCUUUUGCCAACACCCCUCUGAGGUUGCUGGACUUGUCCCUGAACCCGGGCCUGGACAUGGACAAAGACUCCCUCUGUGGUCUGGAGCACUCGCUGGUUCACCUCCUCCUGAGGGAAAACUACAUUUCCAGUCUCGACACAGAUCUGUCCCUGCUGCAGAGUCUCAAACACGUAGACCUGUCCACCAACCAGUUGACGUCCCUGCCCGUGUGGAACAAAGAGUCCUCCAUCGAGUCCUUAAACCUGCAGAACAACAACCUGGUCACUCUGGAGAGCAGCACCAUGGUCGCUCUGGAGCACUCACUAAAAACCCUCUACAUGGGCUCCAACCCCCUGAGCUGCUGCAGCAACCUCGACUUCCUCAACAUGGUCCAGCGCUCGGCCGUGGUCGUCCCCGACAUCGAGACCGUGACCUGUGUCCACGAGGACUUUUCAGAGCCGGUCAACAUCGAGAGGCUGACCGAGGGGAUGUGCCCGGCAUCGGGCAAAACGACGUACAUCGUUGUCGGGGUGCUGGCGUUGUUGGUCGUGAUGAUCGCGGUGGCACUUCUCCUUCAAUGGAGCCGCUCGAGGAAAAGAAAGCGCAUCAUAAGAUUUAGAGCGUAAAACAUGAAGGAACAAAGCGGGACCUAGAAGAAAGACAACCAGACACAAGUUGGACACAUGAGCCUCGUGUCUGUGGCGUCUCCCAAUAGACAAGUUGAAGACUUGACAUGGGUUCAACCAUUUCAGGAUUUGGGCAACGUUGAAAUAGGUGAAUUGGGUAAAACCCACAAUCAUUCACUGAUGGGCUGAAACACUUUGUGCCUUGAUAUCCUGAGAAAACUGUCAAAUGAAGAUUAUUAAAUCCAGAACCUCUUUUUUGGAAGAUAUGUUCACUUUGACUUUCUGAAGAGAAGUUUGGACUUUUUGGAUCAACUUCUAAAUGUCAGAGUUUCUUAGAACCACGUCUUUGUUGUAAAUUUGAUGCUACAACUAGAUGCAAGUUGGCAUUGCUUAGCAUAUGAGAUUAGUAACGGGGAUACAGUUAAACUGGCUAACUUCCACCGCACCUCAAACUCAUGACAUCCAUUUUUAAAUACAACAGAAGCUUUGGUUUUUAGAGGAGGUCUCUUGAAAACUAUCCGAGGCUCGUCGGGGAAAUAUUUCCGAUGUUUUUAGAAAAAGACGUAUUAAAUAAUGAGCUUUAAAAGUCGAGUAAACUACGAGGAUUUUGUGACCUGAGAACCAAACCAGCUAAACUGACUGUUCCCCUGUUUCCAGUCCGUGUUGCUACUGUACUGAAUGAUGAUAUUUAGCUUAAAGCUAAAACUAAAGUAAACAACACUAUGAAACAAAAAUCCUCUUUAUUGUUGGAUGAUGUCGAUGAAGAAGUUUUAUUUUUAUUUUCAAACCCGUCCAAGCCGUCCUUCAACUUUCAUGUAGUUUGCACUUUAUAUAUUUUUUCUACUUGUGUGACGUGUAUCUUGUUUUAUUACAAACGACACUAAGAAAUGAAUAUGACUAGAAGUCCAAGCGGAGCAUAUGUUGAAAUUAUUUAUUUUUUUAGUGUUUUCUGAACUGAUCCUAGGUCUGUGAUGCUCCUCAAUGAUUCUUUUGACAUUUAAAUAUUAACUACAGGUUCAAAGCUGCCACAAACACUGAAAUAUCAAAAAACUGUGAUACUCUGAAGUACAAUAUAAUACUGUCAUGAAUAAAAGAAUGAAUAUAAACAGUCACACUGGGAUCCACAGUUUCAUAUGUGCUUUGUAACUGUGCUAACGACAUUUUCUACAUUUCAACAUUGUGUGAGAAAUUUGGACAAAGUGUGUGUGUUGCCUGGUUUCCUUUCAAAAGAUAUUCAUUAUUGUAAUAUUGUGGAAAUAUUGUACUUUCUUGGUUUGAGUGAAACCAACUUCGUGUCUGUAAGAUGAAUCUGUAGCGACUCGCCUCGCUCCAUCCGAAGGAAACAAAAUCCUCAUUAAGUCACUAAUUAGCACAUUGAACUGUUUGAUGGAGGAUUGUGAGGAAAGAAUUCAAUGAAUGAAAUUAAACUGAAUGUACUUUUCUAA